AUGGAACAUGCUCUCAUGAUCCUCCUCUCCACCGUCCUCCUCCUCCUCACGGCCGCUCCCGGAACCCUAUCUCAGCCAGCCGCCGCUCCCGCCCCACCAGGACCCACAAAUGUCACCAAAAUCCUAGAAAAAGGCGGCCAGUUCACAGUCUUCAUCCGACUACUCAAAUCAACCGGCGUUGCUAGCCAACUCUACGGCCAGCUCAACAACUCCGACAAUGGUAUCACUAUCUUCGCACCGAGCGAUUCCUCCUUCUCCGGUCUCAAAGCCGGAACCCUAAAUUCCUUGACCGACGAGCAGCAAGUAGAGCUUAUUCAGUUUCAUGUCAUACCAACAUACGUCUCUUCCACCAACUUCCAAACAAUAAGCAACCCUCUCCGGACUCAAGCCGGUGACUCCGCCGAAGGACAUUUCCCUCUCAACGUGACAACCAGUGGAAACUCCGUAAAUAUCACUUCCGGUGUAACCAACACAACCGUCUCCGGAAAUGUCUACAGCGAUGGACAGCUAGCCGUUUAUCAGGUCGAUCAAGUUUUGCUUCCUCAGCAAAUAUUUGAUCCUCGUCCUCCGGCGCCAGCUCCGGCUCCAUCGGUCUCGAAAUCUAAGAAGAAGAAGAAGGAGGACGGUGAUAGUUCCAGUGAUGAUUCUCCGGCGGACGCUUCGUUUGCUUUACGUAAAGUUGGUUCUGUUAGUAAGGCGGUGUGGCUUUGCGUCAUUAGCAUAUCGCUCGCAUGGUUUAAUUUGUAA